GGGGUUUGGAUGUAGGUGUAAUAUAUGAAAAUAGGUUUCGAAAUAUGAGAAUGAAGGGGAAUUUAGGUUUGCGAAAUUUAUAAAUUUUGAUUUUAAAUUGAAUAUUUUAGAUAUUUUAAUCAAGGUAAAACUUUUAAAACGUCAUAAAUUAGGACUAUUUAACCAAAAAAUAUUUAUUGUAGGUACUUUUUCAUUUUCAUUCUCUGUUUUCACUCUAUAUUCGUGACUUGUCCUUCCCGAAAUUCCCUCAAAAAGGAAAGUGAAAUAUUACGGCUGUACGUAGGUUAUGCUAAUUUCAGGCAUCCUCUUCACCGGAAUUCCGAACUGAGCCGCAGUUUUAGUUGUUUGUAGGAAAGGAGUAGCAGGAGGCAGAAAACCAUGGCCUUGGAAGAAGAAGACGAAGUUAAUAUAAAGCGAUUGCAAGAAUCAAUAGAUUCCGACCCUGAUGACCCAUCUCUUCAUUUUAGUUUGGGCGUUUUGUUAUGGGAAAAGGGGGAGAAACGGCAAGAAAGGAGGGAGAAAGCAGUGGAGCAUUUGGUGAUAGCAGCCAAGCUUAAUCCACAAAAUGGGGCUGCCUUUAGAUACCUAGGUCAUUAUUAUACGCACGUUUCAUCGGAUCCUCAGCGGGCUCUGAAGUGUUAUCAGAGAGCCAUCACUCUCAAUCCUGAUGAUUCUGAAGCUGGGGAAGCGAUUUGUGAUUUGUUGGACCAAGGUGGGAAAGAAAGCUUGGAGGUUGCUGUCUGCAGAGAAGCUUCUGAGAAGUCAGCCAGGGCAUUUUGGGCUUUCCGUCGACUAGGUUACCUUCAGGCUCAUCAAGGUAAAUGGUCCGAAGCUGUACAGAGCCUUCAGCAUGCCAUCCGUGGCUUUCCUACCUGUGCAGAUUUGUGGGAGGCCUUGGGUCUUGCCUACGAGCGAAUGGGCAUGUUUACUGCUGCUCUCAAGGUCAUUUUGUUCCUCCUCCAGUGUUUAUAAAUAGUCAUUAUUUGUUCAAACGGGAAUUAAUCUUUUUAUCAUCUGGUACUUUAUGUUAGAAAGUGAUCUAAUCUUUUUGUAACACAAUUUUGAUGUUCAAACCGUUGAUAAAGUGGAAAGGGAUUAUCAGAUCUGGAUAAAUCUUGUUUUGAGACCAUGAAACUAAAGUUAUUGAAUCAGCCUUUGUGAGCUU